AUGGUAAACGAAGGAUGUAUGUUAAAUGCUUAUAUGUCGACGAACAAAAAAAAAAAAGAUGAUCUGUCAAAUAUGGCUUAUUACAAAAGUAACAAAGUGAGCAACGAAUUUAAUUGCAGAAUGGACACUCUCACAGAAUUUACUGAACAUUCGAAAAAUAAAAUGUCCCUCAUGGAGUCACAGGGCAAGACAAAGAAAAAGGAAGUGGAAAGUGAAUACGUUUUUUUAAAAAAGAUUGGAAAUGUUUGCAAAAAGAGUUGCGAUUAUUACUUUGGAUUGAAUGUAAAUUUUCAUGAGUCAUGCGAAAAUUUUAUUAUUCUUUUUAAAAUAUUCCACGACUCGCUAGUUACUAUGAAUAUGAAAAAUGUAGAGGCAGACGAAAUGAAGGAUACGUUACAAAAUAUAGAAGAAAAAGAAUGUUUGGAGAUGAAACAAAAUGAACAUGUAAAUAUAAUAUUAAAGGAAGAAUUACAAAAUUUAGAAAAGCAUAUAAACUUUAUGAAUAACGAGUCUGUUAAUAUAACUAAUAAAAUAAAAGAAAUAGAUUACCAAAUUAAUCAGCAUAAAGAAGCUUUGGAGUCUUUCCAAAUUUUAACUAAUUUGAAUUUAGAAAAAACUUCCAUAAUGCAUAAUGAUUACAAAAGAGCAUGUGAAGAGAAGGAAGGAAUCAUAAAAAGCAUUGCCGAUGACAAGGAUAGCAUCAUUGCCAGCGGGGAAAAUUUGGCUAGCCAAAAGGCGGAGAUGGUAGAGGGGAACAGGCGAACGAUCAUCGAAAACGAAAAGGAAUUAAAAGUGCAAAUAGACAAACUGGUGAGUGCUAGCAGCGAAAUGGCAUGUGACAACUCGAGACUACUAUCACAGACCAAAUUUUUGGAAACCCAAACGACAUCCCAGGAGUACUAUUUGAACGUAAUUAAGUGCGGGUUUGAUAGUAGUGUCCAGACAAGAGAUGAGUUAGAGGAUUCGUUGAAUAAUGUUAAAGAAGAGAUAAACAAGUUAGUAAAAACAAUAAAAAAAAUCGAAACGGAAAAGAAAAAAGAAGAGGAAAUGUGCAAUCAGUUGAGAAAGAAAGUAAUCAAAUUAGAAGAACACAUCGAAAGAAAGGAGAAAGAACUGGUAGAGGAUAAAAAUGAAGAAAGGAGAAUAAAUGAAAAAAUUGAAGAGGAAAAGAAGAAGGUAAACCAAACUAUGAUCAACGAUUUGAUAAAGGAACAAAAUUCUAUACAAGAAGAAAUAAAUAAUUAUAAGGAAGAAAUACGAAAUGUACUAUUAAAUGAAACAAAUAGAAUGCAUAAUAUUUUAUACCAUAUUGAUAUAAAUUGUGAUACACAUAAAACCAUCUCAAAUAAUCUACAAAGUGUGUUAGACAAGAUGAAAAUAAAAAUUAAGGAAGAACAAAAUGAAUUAUGGAAAACAGAAAGAGAAAUAGAAAAUAAAAAUAUGCAAAUAUAUGAACUACAAGAGAAAAUAAAUGAAGAAAAAAUAAAAGAAAAGGAAAUAGACAUCUCUAUCAAUUCAAAAAAGGAAGAAUUAAAUGAGCUUAAAAAUAAGGAGCAGUUAAAUGAUACAUGCAUAUUAAAUGUUAAGGAAGAAAUGGAAAAAAUCGAGUCCGAUUAUAAUGAAAAAAUUUUACAAGUUAAAGAAAUGGAAAAACAGUUAAAUGAGAAUUAUCAGUUAACGGAACAAAAAAUCAUGCAACUGUAUAAGGACUAUGAUGAUCGGAAAAAAAAUAUAUACAAUUUGGAUAAUCAUAAAAUUGACAUCGAUUCUGCAGAAAAAAGGAAAAUGAAAGAAGACGUAGAUACAUACUCAGAGAAAAUGAAAAAUGAAUAUGAUUCUAAAAAAGUACAGUUUGAAAAAAGUGAAAAAGUAAAAUAUGAUGAAUUGAAUAAGCAGCUAGAUGACGAGUUGAGGAGGAAGCAAGAUUUAGUGCAAUACUACAGGGAAUUGCUAAACAAGCACGAAGAUAAAGAAAAAGAGAAGAAUAAAUACAAUGAUAAGGAUGAAGCGAGUAAUAAUAAAGAGAGAGUUAAUGACAAAUCUAAUGAUGUAUAUAGUUACCUUGUGAGCAACGUGAACAACUUGGAGGAGGACCCUAAAGGGGUGUAUGAUAUACCAAACCGCACGAAUAACGGGAAAAUAAUGGAAAACAAAAAAACAUAUCAGAAGAAUGGGAUGUAUAAUAAUAUAAAUAAAUAUAAAUUAUAUAAUAUGCCUGACCAGUAUAAGUUUGGAUACUUUGACGUUUCAUCACCUAGUGUUAUAAGAAAAAGUAUGAAAGUUCCAUGCCGUACUGUCAAGUCUCCACAUAUUGCAAGAUUGCUUGAAAAAAUAAAAAGCCGAAAGGAAUGCCAACCUUUGGUAGGUACUAAACAAUCUCCCAUGAACCAAGUUAGCAGUAAUGCAAACAGACGAAGCAAAGGGAGCAUGGGUGACAAUGGCCAUAGUAGAAGCAGUAACGGAAAAAACAACAGUGGCAAACUCUUUUCCGAUAUGAAAACUCCAAAAAAUAAUGGUUCUUUCGACUUGUUUCAGCAUUUGUAA